AUGAAGGACGAGCAGAUUGUCGGCGCCGCCUUGGCUGAAGUUCUUCCCAAGACAGACAGAUACUGGUUUCAGCAGCCGCAUUUGCUCAGAUUGAACCUGUUACUCCUGAUUCCUCUACUUUCCUCUUCAGUUGCAGGCUACGAUGGCUCCUUGAUGAACGGUCUCCAAUCCCUUCAACAAUGGCGAGAAUACUUUGGACAUCCGACCGGCGUAAGGCUAGGAGUUGUGAACGCAGCACAAUCCAUCGGAUCCGUCUUAGCUUUACCUAUUGUGGGAUACCUGGCGGAUCGCUUCGGCAGGAAGCCCGUUCUACUAUCUGGCAUCAUCCUCAUCAUUGUCGCCACAAUCAUCCAGUCCACCUCGAUCAACCUACCCAUGUUCAUCAUCUCGCGGCUAGUUGUCGGCUUCGGCGGCAUGUUUGUCGUUCAUCCGAGCCCCAUGCUCAUUGCUGAAUUAGCUUGUAAGCACCUGGAGCAUGUAUGA